UUAUUAUUUAAAUAUAUUUUAUUAUUCAAAAACAAAAACUAAUCAUGGCCAUUUUCGAAGACAUCAAGAAUCUCAAUGAUGUAGUUACUCAAACACCUUACUUUGUUGUUACAAAGUACUAAUUUUCGAAAAUAAAUAACUUUUACUGAUUACAUAUUUUGUAAAUGUUCCACGAUCUAGCUGAUAAGAUAAAAAAUAUGAGUAACAGUUUCUCCACCCCUUUCAUAGCGUAAACAUGUCCAAAAUAAUAAUUGUUACAACAACUUUAUUUAUAUCAAUUUAUGCAAUAAAUACAAUAUCUCCAUCAUUACCUGAGAGGCUGAGAGAUUGCUACAGAAGAAAUUUUUCCGAAACGAUUCCAAAUGUGCCCCAUAACAUACCAGUCUUCAUAGAACUUAUUAGAAAAUUAGAAGAUUACCCAAAAAGUUACUUAAAUAUCCGGAUGUUAGCUACUGCAGUAUUUUACGCUGCGAAAUUAGAUGGAAUAGAGGAAUCCGAAUUUGGAACCGAAAAUGAAUUCGUAAUCGCGUUUAAAGCAACUAACAAACAGUUCUUUAAGUUUCAAAUGAUAGCUCUCCAUUUUCUCACUGGAAACGAUGAAAGAUUUCCUUACGAAGCUUUCACCCAGGAAGAAUUAUGUAUCCUCCAUGAUUUAAUAUCCAACUCGUUGAGAUCAUGGGAAAGAGGCGACGAAAGAUACACUUGCGAAGUAAGAAAUACCGCAAAGGUUGGGAACAACACCCGACGACUUUUAAGCGAUUGCCCCGUUGAAAAAGGGGUUAUAAAAACUCGAUGGGGAACCGUUUCUCCUGGACAUCUAAUCGCGGCCGUUAUAGCUGCGUUUGAGGAGUCCCACGUGGAGUUGCAGAGCUUAAUGAGUGAUAUCAGCAAAGAGCUUAACAUUACUUUUGACUCCGACGUUUCUGAAUCUGUAAAAGUUAACAAUGUUUUGGCCGUUACCCUUGUUGGGGAUAUGGCAGAAGUAAUUUUUAGUCAAAAUGUUAAUUCGAAUGUUAGUUUUGGACAAUCAGGACGUUGGAAUAAUACUAUGUAUCCUAGGGAGCAUUAUCUUUCUGAACAUAGGUGGGAUAUGACCGAAGCUGAAUUUCUAGGAGGAUUAGAUGGGUUGAUAUUAGCGAGAGAAUUAAAACGUUGGACGGAUAUAAUGAGCAGCGUCAGAUUAAGCCAGAUUUUAGAUAUGUACUAUUCGAAACGAGGAGUCGCGUUUGAUAAAACGUACAAAGCUUGCGAAAGAAGAAGCAAACUUGUACCAAUUUUUCGAGAUUUCGAUUUCGCCGAGCAGAUAAACGCUGUUGCGCAACUUUUAGAACAAAACGCUCGUUAUGGGAGUACCGUUUAUAAAGAAACCAUCGAAACUUACUCCAAGAAAAUAGAUGAUUACUUCAAAAAUUAUUCAAAUGAUAUUUCUAAUACUUAUGGGGUAUGCGAAGAUGAAGAAGCAAUGAAUAAUUUAGAAAUCAUAGUUAUUUUGGAUGGGACGUGGAAACAGCACGAGAUAUUCUCAAUAAUAUCGUACUUAGCGGAAUUAGCCGACGUAUCUCACUAUGGCAGCAAAUUGGGCAUAAUUAAUGGACAAACCGGCGAAUGGAUCUCCAAUGUUACCAACGACCUCUAUCAAAUCUUCGCCAACCUAAGAAACACCACAAAUUUUCCAGAAAGAUUACAUUUAUCAACGAGUUUAAAUACAGUAACAGAACUUUACCAAGAGGCAUCAUCAUCGGAUUGCGGUAUUAAGAAAUCGCGUGCGUUUGGUCACGUGGUUCUGGUUUUCGCCAGCACCGCUCUCGUGGGUAGUGAUGACGCAACCAGAACUCAAUCGUCGAUGAGGACUCUAAAGGGGACGCGUCCCGACGUCCGAAUCGUUUAUGUCACCUCAGAAAACUCGGCAUCUCACUACCGCAAUCUCGUCGAUAAUUUUCCCGACGUCCAAAUCUUAACAACGGUAAGCAGAGAAGGAUUGGAAGGUUCUAGAAGCGUUGUCGAUGUCGUUAUGCCUAUGUUACAAGAGACAUCGUCAAGCAUUGUCGAUCCGUUCUGUGGUGGAGUGACGGAUGUCGAGGAUUAUAUCACUCCGGGGAUGCGGAGGAAAUACUUGGUCCAUCGCGAAAUUGUCGCGAGGACCUCGGUUACCGUCCGGUUUAAGGGAUACGGUUACGGUGAUGUAACCAUUUGCGCACGAAAUGCCGAUAAUGAGUAUUAUAGAGAUUAUAAAGAGAAUUAUAGAGAGGAGUAUGGAGGGGAUCGUAGAGAGAAUUACAGAGAAUAUAAAGACGUUGGUUGUAACAAAAUAACGGGAUCCGAUGAGAUCACCUUCGAUGUUUCGAUGAUUUGUGGGAUUGGUUCUUUGUGUAAUGUUGAAUUUUCAGCGAUUAGUAAUGAUUCUAAUUUAAAAUGUACUGAGAUGGAAUGUAGAUAUCCUGAUCAGAUUAGAAUGGAUAUAGAGGUGCGAUGGUCGGGAUCGUCUCGAGCGUCGCUCACAUUGAUGCUGAUCGGACUCGUACCAUAUGUUCUUUACGAGUCCAUCUGAAGGGGCGCUCUUUCGGAUGAAUAGCGUAGGGGAUUCUACCUUCUGGCGGCUGGAUUAUUCUUGGUCAUCUUCUGGUUCGUUUCUCGUUGGUUCGAAGAUGACUUUAACUCCGGUAACCUAGCUUUAUGACGUCGAAAAGGCACUCAUACAGCUAGAUAACCAAAGAAAACGUCAGCUCCGACGGCUGUCCGGAUCGAAUCGAACUGGGCACUGUUGUACACGUGACCACGACGGUGAGGUAUGCACGAAGGCCCUCUCCUGCCUCCUGCGGAGGAAGCAGACUUUACGGACGCGCUCGCCUUGCCACCGGACGAAGAACUAAGCGCAGUCGUCGAACCUGUUGAGCAGUGGAGCCCCGUCUGGAAACCAGUUUCGAAGGCUCGCGUCGGCCGAGCCCAAGGCGCAACCUGUUUUGUAUGCCACCGAGCUCCCAAACUUUCUACUCGGCGGCCGUAGGCGAUAUUUGGAAACCGGCGGUCUUUUUGGUCUUUUUGGCCUUUUCCGUCGGUCUCCGGUCGAGCUGCGUACAACGCCGCUCCUCUGCCAGUUCAAAUCUCCGCCUCCCACUCCCCCCUGCUUGCUGUUAGUGCUGCUGAGGCUGCUGCCAUCCUUCGCGUUUACCCCUUUAUAACGCAAUAUCUUUUAAAACAAUUCAAAUUUUAUUUAAACUUUUUCAUUUAUAUUUAUUGUAACAAUUAAUAUGUAAGUUAUAUAUUUAUAUAUAACAAAUUUUAAUUAAAUUAUUUUUUGUAUAAAAAUGAGUUGAAAAGAUUCCAUCGGCGUUUUAUACAAAAAUAUUUUUAAGAAUUAAAUAGAAAUCGUUUUGUACUAAAGAUUCUAGAAUAAAUAAAUUAUUAAAAUAA